AUGCCGCCCAAAAAGCCCUCACCCGCCAACCCUUCUGUCUCAGCCGCCCGCUUCGUCCCCAUGGACGAAGACACACCCGGCGCCGCCCCAGCCUCGACCUCGGCCGCCACCAGCCAUCAGCCCGCACAACCAGCAGAAGGCCGCCCCGACACGUCCAUGACGACCGCCAACGCGGGCCCCAGCGGCGGCGCCGGCGGGCCCCGGCACGAAGAAGGCAGCAGCAAGCCCGAGAAGGCGUCGGCCAAGGACAAGGACCGCGACGCUGUCACCAUUGAGGACCUCACCCUGCCGCGCUCCAUCAUCACGCGCCUUGCCAAGGGCGUGCUGCCGCCCGGCACGCAGAUCCAGGCCAACGCAUCCUGGCGCUCACAAGAGCGCGCGUCUUUGUCACUAACCUUGCCACCCAGGGCGUCGCUCCUCUGCCCCGUCUGGCCCCCUUUUUUGAUUUCUCCGGCAGGCGAACUAAGCUCGUCGGUUGGCUUCUCGACAGCCGCCACCGGCGAUGCUGCCACCGGCGGCGAGGCGCGCGAUCAGCCACGUGCCAAGAAGGCGAGGAUCGCGGUGGGGGCGGGGGCGGCCGCCGCCGCCGCCGCUGCUGCUGCUGCUGCUGGCGGGGUCGGAGCGGCGGGUGGUGACGACACGGAGCCGGAGGAGGCGGCGGAGGAGGAAGGCGAGGACGGCGAUGAGACGGAUGAGGCGGAGGACGACGACGAGGAGGCAGAGGACGAUGAGGAGGAGGAGGAGGAAGAAGAUGGGGACAGUGAGGCUGACGAGACGGUCGAUGCUCUGGAAGGAGACGAGGACAGGGUUGACCGGGAGGAGGCUGACGAGGCCUUGGAUGGCAAUGACAGUGAUUAA